AUGUUUCGCGCCAAGGUGGCGGCGAGCCCGACGCUUGGCAUCCUCAAACUCGCAACACGACGGCGCUAUACGCUUCGGCAUGACCCGUGCCUCUUCGUCACGAGCCUCUUCAUCUCGGUCUCGAUGAUCAUCAUGCCGCUCGAAGCGUACGUCUCUGAGAUGCUGCCGUGGACCUCCCUCGCGCCGUUCAACCCGCCGUUUGCGACCUUUGCCGAGUUCAAUGCCACGACACUAGCGACCCGCAACAGCUACGUGCUUCGUCGCCUCGUUUGCCCUCUCAAUGAUUCGUCCAUGACUGACGGCUCGACACAAUGCUUGGCGUCCUUUCUGGUGGGAUUACCCGGUGUGCUCUUCUAUGGCCCCGCGAUGAACGAUUUACUGAGUACGUUUGCAGCGUCGGGGGACGCGACGACCUCCGGCACGUGCUUGACGGUGACCUUUCUCUCGCUCCCAAUCGCCAACGAGUGCUUGUGGCUUCAGCGCGGAAACGACUUGGCCAUGACGAAUCAAAGCGAGGAUUUUACCUUGACGUUUGCGCUGACGCAGUACCCGUACCCGUGGCUGCUCUGGCUCAAAUUUGUGACGCGCGUCGUCUCCACGAGCAAGCCCCGGCACGGCGCGCUGACCAAUUUUACCAAGUACGCGAGCUUCCACGACGCCAUUUCGGGCACGUCGUAUGGCGGCCUCAUGUAUGCACUAUUCGAUUGGAACCCGCGGUACAAAGCGGCGCCAACCAUGAACCUCCGCGGCGCCGACUGCUUCCUCCUCUGCUACUGCAACGACCACCUCGCGUCCAGAAUUCGACUCAGCCUCCUGCACGCGCUCGACUGCAAUCUCAGUGACCCGCAACUCGCAAUCCGCAUCAACCCAAGGCCCUCACUGUACCCUGCGAACGCACUUGAGAUCACGCGACUCGCGUCCGAGAAAGGGUCGUUGGACGAGGCAUUGCAAAUCGUACUCUCUCUACCGCGCAAGCCGUCACUGUGGUGCAUCUAG